AUGGCGGUUACUAUGAAGCAUAUGUCGUUGAUCGUCUCUGCGUUUGGCGUCUUGUCCUUUGUUCUUGGAGUGAUCGCGGAGAACAAGAAGCCUGCGUCUGGGACUCCAAUAAACGGAAAGGGAGUCAUAAUCUGCAAAUAUCCAUCUGAUCCAACUGUUGCCUUGGGAUACCUUUCUGCUGCGUUUCUUCUUGCCUGCACUAUAGCUGGAUACAAAGCCCUGUUCAUCUCGUACAAGGGAAAGUCUGUUCCCAACUCUGUCCUGUUCAAAAGCACCAGCUUCUCUGUGUUCUUCAACAUUGCCUUGGUGACAUCUGGACUGGCAAUGUCUUUGUUGCUAUGGCCAACCAUUACAGAGCAGCUUCACUUGACCCGUAAUGUUCACAGGAACUUAGAGACCACUUGCCCCACGGCUAAGACCGGUCUGCUUGGUGGAGGUGCCUUUGUGUCGUUGGACUCUUGCCUUUUCUGGCUGAUCGCUCUGAUGCUCGCUGAUAACGCCCGUGAAGACCAUUUCGAUGAAGUUGAAAACAGAAGCAGUGAUGGGAACUCUUCCUCCAGGGAUGUGAACGUCAAGAUUGAUGCUUGA